GCUGGGAGCCCCGGCUGGCUAGCCCCGGGGUCGGUCAGAAGCGGUGUCCCCUGGGACCAGGUCUCUGGCCCCUCCCAAGGACCAUGCCGCAGCCCCACUGACCCAGGAGUAGGGACCUGAGGGCAGGGCACGUGGAAUGGGCUGUGUGUUCUGCAAGAAGUUGGAGCCGGGGCCCAAGGAGGAUGUUGGCCUGGAAGAGGACUUCAGGGGCUACGGGGCUGCAGACCGCUAUGGCCCUGCCCCUACUCAGGGCCGGCCUGCAUCCUCCUUCGCCCAUAUCCCCAACUACAACAACUUCUCCCCUCAGCCCGCCAGCCCCGCCUUCCUCAACGGGGGCACCAUCAGGGGCAUCUCAGGGACUGGGGUGACCCUGUUCAUCGCCCUUUAUGACUAUGAGGCCCGAACAGAGGAUGACCUCACCUUCGCCAAGGGCGAGAAGUUCCACAUCCUGAACAACAUCGAGGGUGACUGGUGGGAGGCUCGAUCCCUCAGUUCUGGACAGACUGGCUACAUUCCCAGCAACUACGUGGCCCCUGUGGACUCCAUCCAGGCUGAAGAGUGGUACUUUGGAAAGAUCGGGAGGAAGGACGCGGAGAGGCAGCUGCUCUCCCUGGGGAACCCCCGGGGGGCCUUUCUCAUUCGAGAGAGCGAGACCACCAAAGGCGCCUUCUCCCUAUCCAUCCGGGAUUGGGACCAGGCCAGAGGCGAUCACGUGAAGCAUUACAAGAUCCGCAAGCUGGACACAGGCGGCUACUACAUCACCACGAGGGCUCAGUUCGACUCGGUACAGGAGCUGGUGCAGCACUACCUUGAGGUGAACGAUGGGCUGUGCCACCUGCUCACGGCGGCCUGCACCAUCGUGAAGCCGCAGACGCUGGGCCUGGCCAAGGACGCCUGGGAGAUCAGCCGCAGCUCCAUCGCGCUCGAGCGGCGGCUGGGUACCGGCUGCUUCGGGGAUGUGUGGCUGGGCAUGUGGAACGGCAGCACGAAGGUGGCGGUGAAGACGCUGAAGCCGGGCACCAUGUCCCCGAAGGCCUUCCUGGCGGAGGCGCAGAUCAUGAAGCUGCUGCGCCAUGACAAGCUGGUGCAGCUGUACGCAGUGGUGUCGGAGGAGCCCAUCUACAUCGUGACAGAAUUCUUGUGCCACGGUAGCUUGCUGGAGUUCCUCAAGGACCGGGAGGGCCAGGGUUUGAGGCUGCCCCAAUUGGUGGACAUGGCAGCCCAGGUAGCUGAGGGCAUGGCCUACAUGGAGCGCAUGAACUACAUCCACCGAGACCUGAGGGCAGCCAACAUCCUUGUCGGGGAGCGGCUGCUGUGCAAGAUUGCUGACUUUGGGCUGGCCCGUCUCAUCAAGGAUGAUGAGUACAACCCCCAGCAAGGGACCAAGUUCCCCAUCAAGUGGACAGCUCCAGAGGCUGCCCUCUUUGGCAGAUUCACCAUCAAGUCAGAUGUGUGGUCCUUUGGGAUCCUGCUCACUGAACUCAUCACCAAGGGCCGAGUCCCCUACCCAGGCAUGAAUAAACGGGAAGUGCUGGAACAGGUGGAGCAUGGCUACCACAUGCCGUGCCCCCCAGGCUGCCCAGCUUCCCUGUACGAGGUCAUGGAACAGACCUGGCGUCUGGACCCGGAGGAGAGGCCUACCUUCGACUACCUGCAGUCCUUCCUGGAGGACUACUUCACCUCCACAGAACCCCAGUACCAGCCUGGGGAUGAGACAUAGCCUGUUUGGGCAUCAACCACCUCUCUGGGGGUGCUCACCAGCCCUUCCAAUCCCCAGGGCUCUGGUCCCAAAGCCCCCCAGGCCUAGAACCCUAUAGAGAGAGUCCUAGCAUGUCAGAGCAAGCAAGUUGCUUUGGCAUCAUCUAGGGCAACUCAUUCAUUUUAAAGAUGGGGCAAAUCAAGGCUCAGAGAUAAUCCCUCACCAACUCUGGCCCCAAGCUCUAUUUCUCCCCUUCCCACUUCUGCCUCUGCAUGCCUCUAGUCUUCCUGUCUGCACUCCCCCACAAAAGAAAUGCUCAGAUCUUGUCUAGUUAUUUAUAAAACUGUAUAUCCUUUCCCUCACUAUCUCCUGUCCCUGCUUUCCUGCCCUGUCAUCCCACCCUGGUCCUGGCCCCCAGAAUUCACCUCCUACUCAAUUCUCUCAUGUCUGUAUGUUACAAAGAGAGGGAAAGUCUUUGCCGGAUCCCUUUCCUGCUGGGUGGAUUCUGUAGUCCAGGACUGAGGUCCAAGCCCAGGGCGAAGGAGAGUGUUGCUGAGGGCUCAUCACCUCUCUGAAUCAUGUGUGUGUUUACUGAUUUUGUAAAUAAGAAAAGUGACAAUAUGAA